AUGGCACGCAUCACGGGAUCACGCAUGACUCGAAGUCAGAGCCGAGAAGCAAAUGCAGGGUUUAUGUCAAACAAGGCAUCAUUGGGGCGAAAUUGGCUGACUGGCCUAACUGAGGAGCCUUCCACUCCUUCUCCCGACUUGGUUGUACCCAGACGUGUGGUACCAGAGUCGCCUGAGAACCAUGAAGGUCAUACCAAUGUCUCUGGUACCACCCUGGGGCACAACGAUGUGGAGCCUGUCGAUUACCAAGUCGCCGAGAAAAUCGCAACCCACCUGCCGUUUGUUCAACAACAGGCGACCCUUGUCAUGAGUCUCUUGGUUCGCCCAGAUCUGAGCCCGGACAGCCUUGCGGCUGAGUCCAAAAAGCUCGUUGAUUCCAAUCACCCAAACCGUAAACGUUUGAGGCGGUCCGUGGAAGGGCUGACUGAUGAAUUGGAAGACUCUCCUCUUUCUCGGGAUGGUAAAUCAUUCCUGAACCUCUCUCAGGCUCAUCGGUUGCUUUCUUCCGCACAACUUGAUAUGUCAAUCGCAGAUAUUUACAUGACGAACUGCGCUCUGUUGACCCUCAACAUGUUCCUGCCCAGCAUGGGUACGGAGUCCCAGUCGGAGGUUAUCCAACAGCUGGAUUCCCAGUUUCCGGCAUGUGUCAUGAGCAACCUUGUGGACGGCCAUAUGUCAAGGAAAGUAGGGGCAAGCAAUACAACCGAGGCGACCUUCAAUCUUGCAUUGGGCAUCCGCACACAGUUCUUCAUUAUGGAGUUGGAAAGACGCCAACAUGAGCAAGACUUCAGCCCACUUUCCAUCUUGAGACAGGUCUUCGCUAUGGACCUCAUUUCUAGCGAAGAUGACUCCCAGAGUAUGCCCGGCUCCUUCCGUGGGUUCAAUUUGCCUGGCGUUUUGCAAGACGAUGAUGGCCAUCUUCCCGAUAAUCUCCCUGAGAAGUUUCUCAUUGCCGUUAGCGACAGGUUUAACGAGCUUCACGAGGAAAUUUCCGAGUGGGAUUCUGUUGAUAUUGAUGGUCUGAAAAAGGCAUACAGAUGGCGCUCGUUUGAACGGGACCUUGCACGUUGGAUCUACACUCGUGACAAAGAAAUCAAGGACGACAUCAGACGCUUGUCAGCACAGGCAGAAAAGGUGCAUAGCUCACCCGCGAGUCGUCGCCUUAUCUCUGUCCCCGCUGGAACUCCCGGUCGGCGUCAAGUAUCGGCAGUGCCCCCAGUUGGUGAAAGCUCUAGUCGGGAAUCCUUGCCCCAGCGGAGUCAGUCUCCUCAAAAAGACCUAUUGGUACCACACAUAGAACAGACACCUCAGGCAGAGCAGGCAGCCCAGGUUGAGACAGAAAUCAACGCUUCUCGGUCGGGCAUCACUUCUGAAAAGAUUCCUGAACAGAAUGUCCUCAACCGAGUCGCACAGCUGGCAGCAAAAGAUCCGGCUCGGCGCAAGUCCAAAAGCAACUACCGCGAUCCGGCCUCAUUUGCGGCACUCAUGAGGCGCCAGGCUGCUAGUCAUCAACAACCGGUCUCAAACGUUGAGUCGCAAGCCAUAAAAGAUUCUACGAACACGAGCAUUGCGUCGCAAGCGAUUAAUCCUGGCCCUUCUGUUGAUCGCGGAGCCGAAUCUUUUGAAGUUCAACAAUCUCCUGAGCUGAGGUACACCGACAUAGGCGAUGACUCAACAUAUGUGAACAAUGAUGAGGAACUAGACCUUGGCCAGGACACCGAAACCGACGUUAUGACAUCGACCAGCCCGCCUAACUCCGCUAGAAUCAGUCGGGUCAGCCACAAUGCUAAUCCAAGGUUCUUUGAUUCACCCAGAGAUGAAGUCACACAGCGAUCGGUUCCGAUCGCUCGGCGUUUUCUCGAUAAGCAGACUAACGCCGGAGUCGUGUCGCCAAUCAGCCAAUAUGAUACUCAAAGUGCGGGACAUACUGUGCUGGGAAAGCGAACUCGGAAUGUUGAUGACCUGGACGAUGGCGCAAGUGACGUGUCAGACUUUGAUUUCGAGGAGAAUAACCAGGAGAUCGACCCCAGGCGUAGGGCCGAAAAGCCCCUGCCCAAUUUCCCUCCCGCAAAGCGCCAAUGCCCCACAGAAAAUGCGGGCUCUUCCUCAGCAAAGUGGCAAGCGGAUAUCAAUAGAUCGUCCCACCGCCGGUCUACCUCGGCACAGCUUUCCCAUCGCCCCCAGAGAGCUGACAGUGAAGAUAUCACCGAUGAAGAGACCGCCGUUGAACAGCACGAACCACCCGCUCGUACGCAGACUCUCUGGGCAGCCUCCAAUGCCCAGGCUGCGACUUUCCACCGGACAGUCCCAAAGCCCAGUUACAGGUGGUCAGAGGAAGAAGAUGAACGUUUAAUAUACCUCAUUGGAAUUUAUGGCACGUCCUAUGCCGCCAUUAAGAAGCAAGACAACGCUUGUCCCGCGUCCGAGGGUGGUCCUAAACUUGAGCGUCGUUCUCAGGUCAAUUGUAAAGAUCGUGCUCGCAAUCUGAAGAGGAAGUUUCUCAGGGAGGGCCAACCACUUCCGCCUAACUUUGACAAAGCACCAGUUUGA